AUGGAUGCUUGCAAGCGCAACAGCCACAACGCAAAAGCCAACGCAAAGCAAGCCAGAGAUUCACAGCCCCAGCACAGACCUAACAACUCAAGAACCGCCCAGCACCGCCAUCCUGCCCCGACGACGCAGCAAGAUGACCCACCUCCCUCCGCCGCCGCCAACCCCCCGUCUAUCUCCUCUCCACUCGGCACCAUCGUCGUCAAAAGCUCGCCCAGCCCCGCAGUCCCGACACGAACCCACAGAGUCAACCACCCUGAGCACACCACAUGUCCGACAUGCCCGCAGCAGGGCGUCGCUUCCUCCAUCUUUCCGCCCCAGCGUCUGAGUCUCGUGAGACGCCCUUGCCGACGCGGCCCGCGCGACCAUCAGCGUGCACCCCGGCGCGUUGUACACGAUGCUGCUGCCGCUGCCGUCGCUCGCCACCGCCGACUCCGGGACGACGGCAUGGCCGUGGUUGAUGAACACGGAGAGUGGGCGCGUGGAGGCCUGCAGGGCUGGGAUCAGGCAAUGGGCCGCGUAGGCUGCGAGCUGUGCCUCGCUCGUCGGAGGCGUAGGUGGUACGGGGCUGGGGCUCGCGGGGCGGUGCCGGCGGUGGUGUUUGCGUCGGUGGGUGGGGUAGCGGUCGUAUUUGAUGGGUGGUGA